AUGCGUUUAAAGACUAGAAUGCCUCAUAUGGGGGGUACUCUACUUCCUAUACUGAGUUGCAUACUAGCGGUAUCUUUAUUGUUUUCAAGAAUUACAGCUGCGCCUGCCGCGGAGAUUACAGAGACUAUUUUCGAUGCCAAUGUGAAAGAUUUCAUGACAUUCGAGGAUUCUAGCAAUGUCUUGUUUCUCGAUCCAGAUAAUGGUGAUCUUUACUUGUCAAAUGACAAUGGUGAAAAUUGGCAAAAAGGUGAUGUUCCCGACCAAAAUUGCCAUAUUAAAUCCCUUGUUAAGCAUACUUAUACAAGCUCACGUGUAUUCGCAUUGACGGACUGCAACUAUGUUUACUAUAGUUAUGACAAUGGCGAUUCCUGGGAUUAUUUUCUAUUACAGCAUCAAGCAAAUCCAUCCCAAAUUGCUUUCCAUUUUCAUGCAGGUAACCCAGACUAUGUGAUCUUUAAUAACAUGUACUGUUCCUCCUCGAACAACUGGGUUGGAAGGGUUUGUCGACCAGAUAUAUACUAUACCAAUGAUGGUUUUACUUCAGGGGCAAAUUCAGCGCCAGUAGGCGUCUCAUACUGUAUCUUUUCACAUUCAACAGAACUCAUGGAAGUGGCUUCAGAUGACCAAAUAAUAUGUAUAUCUGAAACCCCACAGAAAGCAUCUCACCCUCCCUUUAAUAAACGUUUAAUCUCUACUAAUGACUGGUUUAAUUCCUUAAUUCCUAUCCGACUUCAUCAUCUACUUGGUUCUGAUGGCGUCUAUGGAGUGCUUACUACCGGUUCUUUUAUAAUUACUGCAUUAUUGGAUGCUGCCACCGGUAAGCUCUUCGUAUAUGUCUCUCAAGACGGAAUUAACUGGCAAGAGACUCUGAAAUUUCACAAAGGGUUUGAAUUUGAUGCUUUUACUAUUCUACCCUCUACUGAUUAUGCUUUAGUAGUAGACAACUUGGACUCUCAUCCUAAUAACCCGACUGGUGUUUUGUAUACACUUGAUUUUGAUUCAAGCACAUUUGUUCUUCGGAUGUCCGGUACAAACAGGUAUCUAGAUGGUUACGUUGACUUUACUCAAGUGAAUAAUGUUGACGGGCUGAUGUUUGUGAAUUCAGUAGACAAUUUGAAAGAGGUAGACUCAAAUCCAAUGGCGGAAAAGCUGCUAAAGACAUAUGUUACUUUUAAUGGUGGUAAAUCAUGGUCAACCUUGACUCCUCCUUCAGAUGCUUGUGAUGAAGAUGAUGACAAUUGUUCAUUAAACCUUUAUAUGGAUCCUCGUUCUUCCUAUGGAAUGAAAUUCUCUCCUUUUGCUCCUGGAGUUUUGCUGGCUUUGGGUUCGGCAACACCACAUUUAUCAUAUAAGGAAGAGAUGUCGUUGUUUGUGUCCGAAGAUGCUGGUCGUACAUGGGCUUUAAGCCGAUCUGGUUUCCAAUUUUUUGCGAUGUCUGGCUUCGGCUCUAUCUUCUUUGCUUGCGAAGAAAAAGUAACUGACGAAGUAUAUUACUCCCUUAAUCGUGGACGAACCUGGAUAACUUUGAGUUUGGAUAGACCCAUUAAACCCCUCAGAGUCUACCCUUCUGUAGAUCCUUAUUCUGACAUCUUUUACCUGGUCUCUGAAGCUGAAAAUGAUGGCUCGAAACGCCUAGUUUACUCAUUAAACUUUGGAAAAUUCCUGAAAGAAUGUCGCUAUAGUUCCCAGGAAUCAGGAAAGAACGACUUUGAACUAUGGUAUACUAAAUAUGAAAAGGGGAAGCCAGCCUGUUCUGAAAUGGGAAGAAUCGAGUCAUCCUGGAGAAAAAAGCGCGAUGCUGUUUGCUCAGCACCGCGAUCAUUAAAGAAAGUUCAUCAUUCUUCAAAAGAUUGCGAAUGUGACGAGUCUAGCUACGAAUGCAAUACGCAGUUUUCUUCAAAUGAAGAUGGCACCUGUGAAUUGCUACCUUUCGUUGGUAGUGUAAUAUGUGCUGCUGAAGACGUAUCAAGCUUUGAAAAAUAUUCUUACCGACGUAUCCCUGGUAACACCUGCACAUCGAAGAAAAAUGGUGAUUUUGAGAAGCCCAAAAGCUUUAGUUGUGAUGAUUUCAAUGUACCUGGACGUGAGCUUACUGCUAGUGUUCACGAUUUCCCAGAAGAGCUAAUUGAUAUAAUUUACCUCGAAGGAACAGUCCCAGAAGAAAAAACAUUUUUAAUUGGUCUCUCUAAAAGUUCUUAUGUUUACUUUAGUUCUGAUAGCGGAAAAGCAUGGAACAAAUUUACUAGAGAGAAGUUUGUUGCAAUUUAUCCUGAUUCCUAUCAAAAGAACACGGUCUAUCUGAUCAAUCAUAGAAAUGAGGUCUAUUUUACGAAUAAUAGAGGUAGAAGCUUUUACAAGUUUAAAGCUCCUGCUUCUGUAAACCAUAAUGGAAAGUUAUCGCUGAUGUCUCAUCCAACCCGUCCUUCCUGGUUGAUGUUUACUGGUGAGUCUGGAUGUGAGAAUGGACCUUAUUCUGAGACAUGCCAUGAUGUUGUUUUUUAUUCUCUGGACUAUGGUGAUAAUUGGACUCAGUUAUCUGAUGAAUAUGAAUACUGCUCUUGGAUUCGUGGUGAAAACCUUUUAGUGGAUGAUUCUCUGAUUUUUUGCCUUCGGACAAGUGAAGAGGAUAUAUUUCAGAAGAAUCUGUAUGCGUCGACCGAUUUUUUUGAAAAUAUCGAAUAUGAAAUAAUGGAUAACGUUGUUGGUUUCAUGAUUGAAGAUAAGUAUGUCGUAUUAGCCGUUCAGGAUAAUGAAGGAAGCUCCUUAUCUCUUCAGGUUUCCAUAGAUGGAUUAGAUUUCGCAUCCUGUGAUUUCCCUGGUUAUUUGAAUGUUAAUCCAAAACAGUCAUACACCAUCCUCGACUCCACAACUCAUUCUUUGUUUAUUCAUGUUACUACUUCAGCUCGAUUGGGAUCCGAAUGGGGUGAUGUCCUUAAAUCCAAUUCAAACGGAACGUAUUUUAUGACUUCUUUAGAGAAUGUAAAUCGAGAUUCCAUCGGUUACGUCGAUUUUGAACGUGUGGAAGGUAUUCGUGGUGUUGCUUUGGCAAAUAUAGUUAGCAAUGUUCAUGAGCUGGGAGACGGAGGAGAUAAAAAGCUUCAUUCGCUGAUAACUUUUAACGAUGGCUUAGACUGGAAGCGUUUAGUUUUGGUUGACGGAGAAAAGAUUUCGCCAAAAUGUGGUAAGAGCUGUCAUCUUAAUCUUCAUGGAUAUACCGAACGGAAUCAGUUUUCAGAUCCCACCUCGUCAAGUGCAGCCGUUGGUAUUAUGAUAGGUGUUGGUAGUUUCUCGCCUUAUUUACUUCCUUACGAGGAAUCUCAAACCUUCAUAUCAAGAGACGCAGGAGUUUCAUGGUAUCGCAUAUUUGAUUCUCCAUACUUGUGGGCUUUCUUAGACAGCGGGUCACUAAUCGUAGCUGUAGAGAGUAUGACUCCGACAAAUGUGAUUCAAUACUCCGUCGACGAAGGAAGAACUUGGAAGGAGUUUGUAUUCUCAGAUGAAGAGGAGGUGGUGGUGGAUUUGAACACUAGACCUUCUGGUAUAGGACACGAAAUACUUUUGCUUACAUCAGAUGAUGACAAUUCCCCUACAUCCUCAGUUUAUAUAGACUUCGAUCCUUUAUAUCGAAGGGUUUGUGGUUUCGACUUUGAAGAUUUUGAUUCCGGCGAAGGUGAUUUUGUUAAAUGGGUUCCUACCGAUCUAGAAGGAAAACAAAUGUGUUUGCUUGGUCGGGUAUCUUCAUACUACAGAAAAAAUCCUGAGAAGAAGUGUAAAAUCGGAUCCUCCCUUUCAAUCAAAGAGGAAUUAAUAAGUCGUUGUCAGUGUACUAGAAUGGAUUUUGAAUGUGAUUAUAAUUUCCGCCGGAUGAAGGAAGGUACUUGCGUUUUAGUUCAUGGCCUGCAACCACCAAAUACCGAAAGUGAACAAUGUGCAGUUGACGAUGCUGUUCAAUGGAAAGAAUCUACCGGGUAUAAACGCACUCCGAUGACUUUUUGUGAAGGUGGACUACCACUUGAUUCUGGAAAAACUCAUGCUUGUCCCGGUAAAGAAAAAGAAUAUGAAAAGUUGCAUCCCAAACCCGGAAAUUGGAGCAUCAUUUUUUCGGUUUCCAUUUCAGUAAUUUUAGCGGUUAUUUUUGGUUAUAUAUUUUAUCGAUACUCCCAGCAGUAUUUAAAAGGAGCCAUUCGACUUGGUGUUGACUCCGAAGGUGAGAGCCCUAUUAAUAGCAGCAUAUCUUUCACAAAGGGAAUUUUCGCUUCUAUUCCUAUCUUUUUCUAUGCCCUUUAUCAAAGUAUACGCUCCAUCUUUUAUAGACCGGCUUCAUUAGCUCCUGAUAAUGAAAAUGCGGCCUUCCUAGAAAAUUAUGAAAUUGAUGAUGAAGGCGACGACAACAUUUGA